AUGAAAGCUGAAGCAUGGGUGUUGGGAGUAGAGAAGUUAUUUGAAGUCUUUCCUUGUACCGAAGCUCAGAAGGUGCAAUUGGCUGCAUUCACUUUCGAGGAUGAGGCGCGGAGAUGGUGGAUGCUUACGAGAACUAUACAUCAAGGAUUGGCAUGGGACAGGUUCUUGGAGAUAUUCUAUGAUAAGUAUUUUCCACAAAGUAUGCGAGAUAAAAAGGUGACUGAAUUUGAAACUCUCAGGCAAGGGAACAAGACUGUUGCUGAGUAUGAAGCUCAAUUGCCGAGUUGGCCCGGUUCACACCUCACAUGGUGGACACAGACUAUAAGAAGGCACGAAAAUUUGAAGGGGGAUUAUAGGGGGAAAAGGCAAAAUAGUCAAUGGUCGAAGGGGGCAACUACUCCACCAAAUAAGAAACAAAAUUCAGGGACUUCAAAUGUUUCUACCCCUAAUCAAGAUUCAAUUCCUGUAUGUGUGGAGUGUGGAGAGAGGCACCGUGGGAUAUGUUAUCGGAAGUCUGGAGCCUGCUUUCAGUGUGGAAAGACGGGCCAUGUGAUAAGGGAUUGCCCUCAGAGGAAGCAGCAGCAAAAUAGCAAUAGGACUGCUACCAGCGUAACGGGGUCUGCACCAACUAUCAAUACCAAGGCACUGGUCAAAGCUACUAACAACAAGGACACCGCGAGACAAGGUAGGGUGUUUGCAUUGGUUUCGGGAGAUGUGCAAAAGGCGGCGACAGUUGUGUCAGAUACAUCCGAGGAAGCAUUAUCUUAUAUGUUGUGUGUGCCUUCACCGUUGGGAGAUUCUAUGAUUUGUACUUCUAUAUAUGCUGCUUGUGAGCUCCACCUUGGGGAUAUUCGGGUAUACGCUAACUUAAUACCUCUCGAUAUGAUGUAUUUUGAUAUUGUACUAGGAAUGGACUGGUUGAGUAAACAUAGUGCAACUAUAAACUGUUUGACUAAGCAAGUGAGUUUUCACCCUCCUGGUCAAGCAGAAUCUAUAUUUCAGGGACAAGAGGUGACUUCCCCACCGUAUUUGAUUUUUGCAGCAAAGGCUUGUAGAUUAAUUCAGAAAGGGUGUCAGGGGUAUCUGUGUAGUGUUGUAAAAGAGCAAAUGGUGAAUGGGGGUACUGACAUAAUUCCAGUUGUUCGUGAAUUUCCGGACGUCUUCCCAGAAGAGUUACCAGGGCAAUUGAUAGACUGA